AUGUUGAUCGUUGCGCAUGCAUCGUUGAUCGGCGGCACCGGUACCAUCAACUCAACUGGUCCGAAUCUCAUCUUCAGGGACACUCUCGAGAAAUUCUAUCCUAAUGAAGAUACAGGAAUCAGUUAUCUUUCAUGGAUGGGAUUCGCGAUCCCGCCAAUGGUCGGCUAUAUGUUCUCGUCUUGGAUUAUUGUACAGCUACAAUUUCUCGGGCUGGGCUAUGUGCUUCGCAUAUUUAAACCAUCCACAGAAGAGGAAGCGGUCGAUGAACAGUUCAUCCACAAAGCAGUACACACAGCAUACAACGACCUUGGUCCUAUAACCUUUGCUGAAAAAUCAACACUGGUUAUCUUUUUGCUGACCGUGGCGUCAUGGAUCACAAGUGACCCGAAGGUGAUCGACGGAUGGGCAACGUUCUUCAAAAGUGCUUCACCGACACGUCUUCACGCGCUUUCAGCAAACGGCAAGCCUGUUCCUUCAAACUUGGGCAAACUUUUGGUGCGACAUCUUGAAGCG